UUUAAGUAAAAAUAAAUAAACAAAAAUAUUUGCAUACAAAGCACACAAACUAAAAAAUAUGAAAAUAUUAAAAGUGCAUUUUACGGUGCUCGUGUUAGCACCUUUUUUGCUAUGUGGCUUUGUGCAUUGUGAAAAUGAGUUCGAACGCAAAGAAACACCAACGAAAACUCCCACCUCCACAACUCAAGCGCCAGCGGUUGUCGAAACAACCACCGCCGCCGCCGUGGCGCCAGUUGUAGGCGAUAGCACUCGAUAUGCGCGUCUCAUGAAGGUCCUUCGGGACCCCAAGGCGUUUGCCGCUCAGCGCUACCAUGCCGCGACGCAACGCGUAAUCGCGCGCGCUGACCACCAACCACCAGCAGGCCUCGCCUACCGUCGCGCUUUACAGCCGCAUGUCGCCGCGGCGGCGCCACCUUCUGCUUACCACAAGGUGCGCCCGCCAAUUAUGCGUCGCGUCCAAAAUGGACUACCCGUAAAUGGCGCGCCACCGCGUUUUGCCUACGAUACGCCCAAAGGCGGCCAAAACCAUUUGCCUUCUAAGAGUUUAGUGCCAUUCAAUGCAGGCAAAGUGAGCGUUUAUCGCCCGCCAUUCACGUACGCGCAACAGCAAACGCACCCAAACUCCUUAGUGCUACAGUCCGCUGCGACUGUUCAAGCUACUAAGCAUCAGCUACAGCAGCCACAGACACAUUUUGGGGAAUAUAAUUUCAAAGCAUCGCCACCCUUCAGCGGCAAGGCGAUUGUGCGCCCGCUACUCGAGCCGCACGAUCCAAACUACAGGCAACAUUUGCAGCAGCUACAGCAGUAUGCAGGCAAACCACAGCAAAUGGUGCAACAAUAUCCCAUACCACAACAACAGCAACACCAGCAGCAGCAGCAGCAGCAACAACAGAGCACUUCGCAUUUCCCUACAAUCUACCAGUCUGCGCUGAAACAAACUGCCAACCGCGCGCCAACAUUUCACUACGAAACGAUGCGCCCGCACGAGGAACCCGUCCUCCAUCCACAUGUAAAGCAUGAGCAACCACCGCCAGGUAGCGCUGGAUAUGCGGUGUACGAACACAACGAUUUGGCUGAAGAGGAGCAAGCGUACGCGCAUCCACACGCAAACUAUCCGCCUACCGCGCGUACAGAGGAAAUAUCGCAACAAUAUCAAAGAUUACAGCAGCAGAGUCAACGCGCAACUCCUGACACCACUGCAAGCGAACAACAAGCUGAGGAAUAUAUAAAAUUUAUGAACUCCAAUGAUUAUUUUCUACCCAAGCGUGAACCCAACUAUAGGCAGCGGGAUACUCAGCAGGAUAGCCAGCAGCUGCAACUACAGCAGCACAAGCAGCAACGGGCGCGUGAGCAACAACAACAGCAACAAACUACGUACAACCACUACCCGCAAGCGCAGUCGCAGGCGCAAGCACAGCAGCAACAUUCGCAGCAUAUACAAUACAGUAAAGCUUCAGUGAGCGAUAGCGCUAGCUUCAGUUCAGCCACAGCCAGCGCUGCGGAUGCCGCUACUAAUUACUUAAAUCAGCCCAUACAAGUAUCGCAACUUUUCUACCAGGAAGACCCCGUGCCCAGUAUCGUACGCGGCAGCUAUCAGGCGGGCAACAAUCUAUUCGUUGUUAAAUCAGAUGGCAAUAAAGCUGUAAAACAUGUAGUGCCUUCACCCUCUACACGAGCGCCCACUACACAGGCGCCUGCCUACGCGAAGGUGCGCUACAACUCGCAGCAAAACCGCACGCCAGAACCGCAACGUUUCGAAUUCACAGAGCGCGACGCUGUGCACUCAGCGUACACCAAUUCACCGCCAUCAUUUGGCAGCGGUCACGAACACUUGCACUACAGAACCGCAAGUGAAUUCAGCACCUCCACAACACCAGAUUUGUCUGCUUCAAGUAACAAUAACUUUGGUACAGCCACAAUGCCUUCCGCUGAUGAUCCGGAGGACGAUGAGGAUGUACAGAGCGCCAGUUCGGACUUUUAUGGACGCGUCCCACCGCGGCUGUCAACAUCAGCGGGUGACGUGCCUGCAGCGCCGACAUCGCCUGCUCCGGUCGAACAGAAAGACACCGAAGAUUAUUGCGAACGUAUGUGCGCCAAUGUGCAAGAUGGCGAUGAGGAAAUUGUCUGCGGCUCUGAUGGCUACAUGUACACCAGCGAGGCGCAAAUGGAAUGCUACGCCUCGUGUCUGCAUAUCGAUGUAACGGUUCAAAGCAAAGGUUCCUGCAGCACUCGGUGAAUUGUCGGAACUCCAUUGAUACCGAAUCACUAAAGCCGACCGAACGAGAAACACAUUAACUAACUUCUAGCGAAUUUCUAAAGUAUUUCAAUUUUACUUGCAUUACUCCUAACUUAAUAUAAAGUUAGUUUGGUAAUAGAUAUGUAUUUUAGUACUACUAUCUACUACUACUACUAUUACUACUAUUACUACUAUUUUAGUUACUACUUAGGCGCAUUUGUAAAUUAUACUUAUUUAUUUAUUUGUUCGAAUGAAAUGCAAAUCAAAGAGAAUAAAUUAUCAACACUAUAAAUUUAUAGACAAGUGGCUAUGUUUUAUGUACUAAUAUUUACAUAUUUAUGUUAGAAAUUAGAGUAAUGAAAAGUUUGCCAAAAAGUGUAGUCCUCGCUUAUUGCCUAAAAUCUUAAUAUCUGGUCCUCUGACUGGCUUUUCUAAGCAUCAGAUUUAUGUAUGUAUAUCCCAAAAAGUUAGAGCUGUGUCCAAAUUGACUUUCUAUGCAAACUGGGGAGAAGGACUCACGAAAUAACACCCUUUCACUAUUCUUGUUACAAGUGAACAGCUGAUUGACUAUCAGGUAUGCACCAGGUAGGCGAUCAACUCAGGUUCUAAGAAUUCAAAAGCUUCAUAGUAAAAUCGUUUUAGUGUAAAUUGGAAACUGUGUUCAAAAGUUAUUUUAAACUUACGGUACCGCCUUUUGAAGCCAGAUACAUACUAUUGGAAUUCUCGUAUGUACAUUGUAGAAAUUUUUAAUUUUUCUAUUUUGAGCUGGAAAGCUAGAGAAUGACGUUAAGUCAAAAUUUAAUAGGUCAAGGUUUAUGUUAUUUAAUGAAAACAGUGGCAAUAACCUGAUUUAGAAUUAUAGUCAACGAUGUAUCCACUUAGCAGAGAACGCCAUGGUCCAGUAUCAAGCCUCUUUUCUGUUUUUCAACAUCGAUUUGCUCGAGUCGUUGUUUUUGAACUAAGUACUUAACUGCAUGCCUAAGAAACUCUAUUUAAAAAAGGAAUGACCAUAAGGAAGAGGAGUUUUAGUUGGGCAGAUUUGAGGCCGAAAAUUAAGGCAUGGUUAUUGACGUUCGAGGCUCCUACACAAGCCGUACAUGUGUUGGGUAUGAUGGGGUCGAUUCUGUGUAGGCAAGAGUUUAACCUGCUACAAUAUCCUGACUGUGUCAGAUUGGCGUGGAUUUGUGAAGCACUUAAUCUGCUACAGACGUUGGUUGGAUUACGUUUACGGUACUUUCAGUUAGAGAGCUCAAGAGGGUGGUGGCAGGCCCUCGGUGAAUGUCGUUUAAAGCAUGUCUUUACACAAUGGGGUCUAGGUUGUGAAUGUCUUCCGCUAAUUCGUAAAGAUGACUUCCGACGUGCCUCGGUGACGUUCCCGCUACCAGCCAGUACCAUUUUGGGUGCUCCAAACGGGAACCACUAAGCAAAACGAUAACAAAAGUGUUCUACAGUAUUCCAGUACGCCUAAAACCCUGUCCGCUAAUCACCGAUGACCAUAGUCUACAACCGUCCGGCAAAUCUGUUACCAACAAAGUUUCUACGCCUUUUCACGGAGCGCUGUAAGGGCGCGCACAAUUACGAGGUGGGCCAGUAACAGAUUGAACGAAGUACUGCAUAUGGCUGCCGAAGUGAUGCAGCAACUGCUGAAGUUUGCUCAGACUUUGUUGCUUUUUUCAUUUUUCCUAAAAAUCAGCUGCUACUCCAGCUACCUUCAAUUCUGUUGGAAGCGUUGCUGUUAAUGGCAAGGAUGUCCAAUCGUCGAAGUCAGGCUUAAUAUUAAGGCCAAAAGAAUACAAAAAUCUCAAUACGA